UAUAUUAUUUUUAAAAAUUGGAGAGUGGUAUGCACGGCUAAUGGAAAUGCUCUACGUGAUCUACAAUUGCUCAAAAGAUAAUGCAACAAUUUUUUUUUUAUUUUUUAUUUUUAUCUUUUUCUAAAAAAAAAAAAAACAUUUUAAAAUCAAUUUUUUAUUUUUUUCUAAAAAAAAACACAAGCUUGUGCGUUGCACGAGCUAAACUAAAGGACUACUGUAGUUGUUUUACAAUUACAUAAUUACCUCAUUACUCGUAUUGAUUUAGUUGAGAUGAUACACUAAUAUGGUUAAUCAGUGUUGAAUGAUACGGGAUACCAUAAUAACUACCCGAUUUGAAAAUUCAGGUACCCAAAGUUCGUAUUACCUGACCCAUGCUCACUCUUUGCAAAUUGGGCCUUCAAUGACGAUCUUUAAAAUCACCGUUAUCCUUUCCCGCUUUCCUAAGGAAGAAUAGCUUCCCUCCAAACAAAAAUGUCACUUCUCUUAUCUUUCCACCAUUUUUCUCUCUCCUCUGAAACCUCAUUUCACCACCAUCACCAACACCUUCUCUCUCUUCGCUUCCCCAAUAAACACCCAUUCAUCAAAUACCCUCGAAGAACCCUAAUUUCUCAGCUCCGACCAAGUGCCGGCAACAACGAAAAACCCCUCCCAAAAUCAGCAAUUCAACGAAUAGCAGAGAAAUUACGAACCCUAGGAUUCGAGGAAGAAAGAAAAAGAGAUACCCAUUUGCCAGAAGAUCAGAAUGAUGCUGAAAUUGGGAAAAUUUUCAUCCCUAAUUCCCGCCAAAUCCCUAAUUUUCGAGUUGGGCAUACUCUUGAUUCUAGUUGGUCAUCGCCCCAGAACCCGGUUCCGGACCCGGGUUCGGGGGGCGCCAUUGUUAAGAUAAAUGGGUUGAAAAGGGUGGUUACGAAGGAGAGAAAGGAGGAGAGAGAAAAGAGGGAGGAGGAGAAAGAGCCGAGCUUGGCGGAGCUGACAUUGUCGCGGUCGGAGAUUCGGAGGUUGACGACGAUUGGGAUUCGGAUGAAGCAGAAGAUGAAGUUGGGGAAAGCAGGGAUUACAGAAGGAGUUUUGAAUGGAAUUCAUGAGAGGUGGAGAAGUAGUGAGGUGGUUAAAAUUGUUUGUGAGGAUAUAUGUAGGCUUAAUAUGAAGAGGACCCAUGAUUUGUUAGAGAAAAAAACUGGAGGCAUAGUUGUUUGGAGGACUGGAAGCAAAAUUGUUUUGUAUAGAGGUGUCAAUUACAAGUAUCCAUACUUCUCACUGGAUGAAGUAUCUGGCUAUAACAGUUCUGAAAAUGCAGUUAAAGUAGAUGAUGGGAUGGAAGCCGGAGAAGAAGAGACGUCAUCUGAGAUGCUUGAUGAGAGAUUUACUGGACAAAGUUCAACAAGAAAUCUGGGUGAGUCUUCCUUGGUACCAGGUGUUGGCAGUCCAGGCAGGGUGCGAUUCCUUUUGCCUGGUGAAAGCCAACUUGUGGAGGAGGCUGAUCGUUUGUUAGAUGGAUUGGGUCCUCGAUUUACAGAUUGGUGGGGUUAUGAGCCGUUGCCUAUUGAUGCAGACCUUCUUCCAGCUGUUGUUCCUGGGUACAAGAGACCCUUUCGCCUUCUUCCAUAUGGAGUGAAGCCUCAAUUAACUAAUGAUGAGAUGACGAUACUCAAGAGACUGGGACGACCACUUCCUUGCCAUUUUGCUUUAGGGAGAAACAGGAACCUCCAGGGAUUAGCUGCUGCAAUUCUUAAACUGUGGGAGAAAUGUGAGAUUGCCAAGGUUGCUGUAAAAAGAGGAGUUCAGAACACUAAUAGUGAGCUUAUGGCCGAAGAGUUAAAGCGCUUGACUGGUGGUGUCCUGUUGUCCCGGGAUAAGGAGUACAUAGUGUUCUACCGGGGAAAAGAUUUCCUUCCAUCAGCAGUUUCUUCAGCAAUUGAACAGAGGCGGAGAAAUAGAAUGCAAGGAGACGGACAGGUGGUUAAUGGUUCUUUAACUAAAAAUACCGAGAACAUUGAAUUGGAUACUGAAGAGCAUACUGCUGCCUCUGUAAGUGAGACAAGCAAGGACCAAGAAAUUAGAAUUGAGCUUCAGGAGCAAAAAAACAUGUCUAUUCAAACAACCAUUUCAAAAACUAGCAGGAAGCUGUCCACGGCUCUAGAAGAGAAAGCAAAGGCAGAGAAGCUUCUUUCUGAUCUGGAGCAGGCUGAAAAUUCUCAACAAGUAGAGGUGGAUAAAGAGGGAAUCACGGAGGAAGAGAGAUACAUGCUCAGGAGAGUUGGCUUGAGGAUGAAGCCUUUUUUGUUGCUGGGUAGACGUGGUGUUUUUGAUGGCACAAUUGAGAACAUGCAUCUGCACUGGAAGUACAGAGAACUUGUAAAGAUAAUAUGUGGAGGAACCGGCAUUGAAGAAAUAAACAACAUAGCACGUAUACUAGAGGCAGAAAGUGGUGGAGUAUUAGUGGCUGUUGAGAGAGCCAGAAAAGGUCAUGCAAUCAUUGUAUACCGUGGUAAGAACUACCAACGCCCAGCUAGUUUGAGACCUAAGACACUUCUGAACAAGAAAGAAGCAUUGAAACGUUCAAUAGAAGCCCAACGUCGUGAGUCCUUGAAACUCAACGUAUUGAAGCUAGCUAAAGACAUUGACAGAUUGAAACUCAAAUUGGUUGAAGAUAAGGAGGCUUUGGAUUACCAAGCAGGUGAACAGGUGAAAACUGAACUGGAGCCGGAAAAGGGAGAGAGAAAUUCUAUCAUUUCAGUAAACAAAAAGGAAUCUCAAGAGGAUAAUACUCCUGUUCAGGUGGAGAAGCUGAUUAAAUUCCCCUCACUAUAUGAUAAAACCGAUGAUGGUGCAGACAAGUUUUCAGUUGGCUCAGUUUAUCCAAUCACCAAUUCAAACUCCGUGAGAAAGGAACAGGCCAAUGCAGAAGUCUCUUUUUGUGAUGAUGAUCUUAAGAAAAACUCUUCAGAGAUGAUUCAUGUUGCAGCUAGUGAUUCUGGCAAUUCUUCAUGCAAUGAAGUGAUGUUUCAUUCAAUCAGCAGUGAGUCUAAACCCACUAUUACAUCAGUGUCAGAAAACAAUAUUGAGCAUCAUAUUGCUAAGAAUGAGAUAUUAGAGCCAUCUCACGAAUCAGUAAACAAAGUGACAAUUUCUCCAUCACUUCAAAAGGCUGCGGAGAGCAAUUCUCAGGCAAUACCAGCUAAAACUAGACCGCUUACGAAUAAAGAGAGGCUUCUUCUCAGAAAACAAGCCCUCCAGACGAGGAGGCGUCCAGUUCUAGCUGUUGGCAAGAGCAAUGUUGUUACUGGUGUUGCGAAAGCAAUCAAAGACCACUUUAAGAAAUAUCCUCUAGCUAUUGUCAAUGUCAAGGGGAGAGCUAAAGGGACAUCAGUUCAGGAGGUGAUUUUCAAAUUGGAGCAAGAAACAGGUGGAGUUUUGGUAUCCCAAGAGCCAAGCAAAAUCAUACUUUACAGAGGUUGGGGUGCUGGAGUGGAAACUGGCCAUGCUUCUAAUAAUAGGGAUCAUGAUAGACAAGCUGAUAUACCUUCAUUAGCUGUCUCUCCAGAGCUUUUGGCUGCAAUGAGACUUGAAUGUGGAUUCUCAAGUGACGAAACAUAAGAGAUAGAGCUUAAGCUUGGGUUUGAUGCUUUGAUCUAAUUUUAUGGGAAAAUCUGGACUGGCUGUGUCAAUCACCCCAAGUUUCAGGACUCAUUUGACGUGCCUCUUAGACAUUACUGGCCAAGAAAUUUCAUGCAAGAUCUUGUGGAGAAAUUACACUGGACUGGUGCGUAAGAGUAGAGAUCUUUGCUUUUCCAGCAUCUCACUCCAGCAUGGACAAGCAAGCUCUGGUAUGCUUUCGACAUACUUUCUGCAGUUAUGUUAUGUAGGUUUAACCUUAUUCUCCCUUGCUGCUUGAUCUUUCCACUUGCUAUUGUGUGAGAUAAGAAUCCCCUGUAAUGUCAGUUGGGGUUAAAAUUUUAAGAUGGCUCAUGAUCUGAUCAAGUGAUCGGCCCAACACAAAAAUAAGAGUGGCAAAAGGAUAUCGCUAAAGGGUAGAGUGUAGAAGCACAUAUAAACCGGAUUUUUGGGUGCCUCCAAAGAUGGUUUUGACUUUUGAGCCUCUGAGCUUGUGAAGGAUCCAACAAAGAGUAGCCUCGACAAGAGGGGGGGGGGGAGUUGUUUAGGAACAGAGAUCAACAAGUUGGAUUCCAGGGUUUGGGCUGUUUUAAGUAAUGAAUGCCACAGCAGGAGCUAUUCCAACAUUUUACUUGGAAAUGGUAUAGUGCUUGUGGGAAGACCAUUAUAUCCCUCUUCCCAAGUGUUUUGAAGUAUUCCUUAUUUUGUACAGUACUCGUAUAUUCAUGUAAAACAUUUCACAUAAAAAUAGUUGUUUGGUAAUUAUU